GUCGACGUUAAUCUUUAUUUGCUGGUUUUUGUGAAUCUGCCGUUGAUAUCUGAUCAUGGGCGAAUCGCUUUCUUCACAGGAUGGAUCGAAUUUCGUCCUUCCACCAUACGCGACGCAGCGCAGGAAAGCGACCGAUUCGCCUCCAACUGACAGCAUCCAGUCGAUCGGUACGUUGACUGGGUACUUACCAAGACUAUACGGGUUCCACUGUGCACUAACUUUAUGAACAUAGAUCAACUCUGGGCCGACAAGUAUGCACCAGACAAAGAGGCGCAACUUGCUAUUCGACCCUCCAAACUGACUGAAGUCAAGUUCCAAAUUCAGACUUCUGCAUUAGCGGGAUCUCCCGAUAAUCAUAAAUUAUUGGUGCUCUCUGGCCCAACAGGUUGCGGCAAGAGUACAAUGAUACGUAUUCUAGGACCGACUUUGGGGUAUGAUGUAGUGGAUUGGGCGAAUCAGCCUACGGAGACACGCUACAGUAUUGAUUACGGUUACGAGUCCAACAUGACCCGAUUCGAAGAGUUUUUACAGCGAUCAAUUCAGUCCAUUCACUCUCUUGAUGACGCGAUUGAACCUUGCUCACGUCAGAAGAUCAUUCUACUCGAUGAUAUCCCGGAUAUUCUGAACGACACCAACAAAUUCAGGUUUCAGAACCUCUUGCAGCGGUCGCUUCGGAUCAAGAAACGAUUUCUCCUAGUUCUAGUGAUCAGUGAUGCCUGGAUGUACACCGAAUCAAAGUAUUCGUCCAAUGAUCAACGGCUCACAUCCUUGCGUGAUCUGGUUCCUCAGCAAAUCCUACAGUCUGAACAUUGCCGAUUAGUUCAAUGUAAUCCCAUUGUCAAAUCACAGCUGGUAAAAGUCAUGGAUCGGAUUCUCGACGCGGAAUUUGGGAAAGCGAAAAGCCAAAUCAUGAGCAAAAAUCAAGUGUCAGAAAUUGCCGAGCUCAGCCAAGGCGACAUUCGAUGCGCGAUCAAUACUCUGCAAUUUUAUUCAUUGACUGUAAAUCGAGUGUCUACGGUUCCAUCCAAGCGAAAGAAGACCAAUGAUACCCGACAAAACUUGUUAGGACGAGGUGCGCCGUUGGAGCUUUUCCAUGCCUUGGGCAAGGUGCUCUAUUGUAAACGAGACCGGCAUGGCGUUCCGGAAUCAGAGCCAGAGACGAUCAUGGAAUUGCUGCCCGUGGAUCACGAUGUUUUUCUUGCCUACUUGCAUGAAAAUUAUAUUAAAUGCCAUCAAACGAUCGAAGGCUGUGCUGAAGCAAUGGAGCAGUUUAGCGAUGCGGAUUAUUUGUCGUCCAUGGGUGACUGGCGAGAACCGGCAAGAUUGCAAUAUCAAAGCCUUGUAGCCAUGCGAGGAUUCAUGCUGACGCGAAAAUCGCCCAUCAAAGGAGGGAUUGAGAUGAAUAAACCGACCUACAACUCAAAGUUUGUGCAGCAAGCGAUAUUGGAUGAUCGACUGGCGAGGACUAUGGUUCAGAAAGAAGAACUUACGGAUCCUGGAGAAUGGGGCGAUGAAAUUAGCGAAGAUUUUAGUGAAGAUGACUUUGAUGAUAUAUUUGGUGACGGGACAGAUUUGGCCGACCUUGUGGAUGACUUUGCGUGUCCACCAUCCAGUUAAAUUUCCUUUUCGUUGGCAAAUUUCCCAAAAUGAUACCCAGAAGCAUUUCAUUUUCCUCCCGUUUUUUUUUUCUCGGCGAUUUCUCCCUGGCAACCACGAACUGUGGCGUUCUUCAGCGCAUGGCUCGCUUAGGUUCUCACAUCAGCGUAACGAGAAAAUACUGAAUUCUACCUUGCAAGGCCGUCAUUGGAUCACACGGGCGAACCUGUCAUAACAAUAUCUCCCCCCUUGCAUAUCCCUCCUGACAUUUGCCGCAUAUUGCCGAAGAACCUUGCAUCAACAUCAUGCCAUAUUUCCGAUCUCGAUUGCAUUUACGUUAUGGGCGUCACGGAACCGCUACUCUGGUUUUUUUUUUUCUUGGAAAACAUCUGUAUGCCAUGUUAUAAGCUUAUUAAAUAAAAGAGCA